UAUUAUCAAAAGGUAUUGUCAGAAGUGGGAUUCGAACCCACGCCUCCAUUCGGAGACCAGAAGUCCCGUUUCUCAGGAAGGAUUCACCUUGAGUCUGGCGCCUUAGACCACUCGGCCAUCCUGACAACUGCGUUACAAGCGGACGGAACAAACAUAUAAAUAUUUACAAACUGACGAGUCCGGUUCUGUUUUUGAUAUAUUAUCAUUAAAUGUAUAUGUGGUAUUAUAUGUAGUUAACCUCUGUGGCCCCCGCAUUGCUAUUUCUUUUCUGUUGACGCCGUAAAUAUCCAGCAGGGGCGCCAGAAAGUCAUUUAAAAUGCACUUCCGGUGGUCAAACACGUGACUCCCGCGCCCAUCCUACUACAUAACCACCCGCCUGUCAUCCUUAUGAAACGAAGACCUUAAACCGUGUUUUCUUCUCCACAUUUAACUCAACAGCCUGCAGACACGUUUGUGUUUAUGAGAAAUAUGUCGAUUUACCGGAACGCCGUUUGGUUUGUGAAAGGACUGCAGGAGUACACAAAGAGCGGCUAUGAAGCUGCAGCGAAGCAUUUUAUUCCAGCAGACCUGGAUGUGAACCUGAGCGGCAGGUCCUUCAUGAUCACAGGAGCCAACAGUGGGAUUGGGAAAGCCACCGCGCAGGAAAUAGCCAACCGAGGGGGAACCAUUCACAUGGUGUGUCGAAACAAGGGGCGGGCAGAAGCAGCCAAAGAAGAAAUUGUGGAAAAAAGUAAAAAUCAGAACGUUCACGUCCAUGUGGUUGACAUGUCCAGCGCGAGACAAGUGUGGGAGUUCGCCCAAAACUUCUCACAGAGCAACACCCUUCAUGUGCUGAUUAACAACGCCGGCUGCAUGGUGAACCAGAGAGAGCUGACCGAGGAGGGUGUGGAGAAAAACUUUGCCACAAAUACGCUCGGUACGUACAUCCUCACCUCGGCGUUGAUACCCGCGCUGAAGACGGUUGAAGACCCGAGAGUGGUCACCGUGUCGUCAGGCGGCAUGCUCACACAGAAGCUGAACGUGGACGACCUCCAGUUUGAGAAGGGGACGUUUGACGGCACCAUGGCCUACGCUCAGAAUAAAAGGCAGCAGGUGAUUCUGACAGAGAGAUGGGCGUCCCAGCACAAAGAGAUCCACUUCUCCUCCAUGCACCCUGGCUGGGCAGACACACCAGCCGUCCAGACGUCCAUGCCUUCAUUUCACGCCAGAAUGCAGUCCAAACUGAGGACGGAGGCCAUGGGGGCCGACACCACCGUGUGGCUCGCUGCAUCUGCGGCCGCCAGAAAGCAGCCGAGCGGACUCUUCUUCCAGGAUCGUAAAGCGGUGGCGACACACCUGCCGCUGGCCUCGUCCAGAUCCACAGCGCAGGAGGAGGAGAAGCUGCUGGCGGCGCUGGAGGAAUUCGCCCUCAAGUUCAAACCUUAAUACCCCCAAAAUGCACUUAAAACCAAACACUCCUCAAUACUUACUAAUGUUUACACAAUCAUCAAUCGAGUACCGGACGCGUUUUUACAUUUUUGGUUGAUACUGUAAAGAAAACUGUCAAAGUUUGUCUUUUGGAAGGAAGAAUCUUGUUUGGUUGUUUCGGUUUUUUAUCUGAACAAAACUAGGCUGAAGGAAAAUCAAAAUCCGCUUCUUUAAAUACGCCAAAUGUAAAAUGUUGAGUGCUGCAUUCGUUAAGCC